AUGGCUAAAAUAUCGUAUGACAGCGUUUCUCGCUUUAUAGAAGCUAAAAUUCCCAAGGAUAUAGAAGAUGAAAUGCUUCUGGCGUACUCUACUUGCACUGAUAAUCAAGAUGAUCUAACUAUAAGUGACGUUUCUAGGUUCUUUAAGGAACUACAUCUGCCUGAAGAGUGGUAUAAAUUAGUAGAUAAACAGCGGAUAUGUAUCGACGGAACAGAAGUAGUGGACUUUGAAAAGUUACUUAGUGUAACUUAUCGUCUGCUCACCUUUAUGGAUAAUGAACGAGUAAUAGAUGAUCAAUGGUCAUUAAUAGUAAGCUAUGCUGGAAGACUGGAUCGCUUUCCAAAUACUGAGCUAAGGAAGCAAGUACUGAGCUUAAAAGAUCUUCAACGCUGUUCGUCACAGCUUUCAAUGGAACCGCAGCAAACACUAGAAAUGCUGGCAUGCGCAACGGAAGGCAGGAAGGUUUAUAUAACAUACUUAGACUUUGCUUAUUUGCUAGGAAAAUUGGGAUAUUUGCGAUAUUAG